GAGUCAGCGAUAUGUGAAAUGCCUGCCACAGUGAAGUGAAGGAAAGAAAAUAAUACAGGUAGUUGGGAGAACACGACAACUAGAAAGGGGACACCGCAAAACCAACAGACAUAACUGUUCUUUCACGAGUGCCAACCACUAGCCAGCCACCACAGUCAUCCGAGUGCCAACCACCAAAAUGUCUCCGAUGCAGAAUCGUUGAUACGUUGGGAACCAACAAGCAAUUUUUAUGCACCUCAAGGCACCAGUUAGCAUCGACAAAGCACUACCAUAAGCGUCAUCAAACAUCACCACAACCUCCAGCAGGGCACAUCGGGAGAAUGAGCAGCAACUCCACCGGCUGGAUCCAGCGUGCAAUUCAACUUCGGCGGACAUAGAACGUAGGGGGUAGAUAGAACGUAGCUUUCGGUUGAACCGAAACGGUAGGAUUUCUUCGCGUUAGGAGAAGAAACAGAACAAAAAGAGAUGGGAAGCUGUCUAACAUGCUUCAAGGCACCGCCCAACACAACGGCGAACAAUGUCGGUACUGCUGGUCUGGUGUCCGGACCUGAAGCGGCCACAGGCGAUGCGGAUGCGGCCGUUCUUGAAACAGCAGACCUGUUGGCCGCCAGUCCGAUACGCAUGCCGUCACUUGGUUCGGAUCGAAAAAGUGGCAGUUUUAAGAAACCGAUCGGAUUACUUAAUGGGAACUUGGGCGCGUUGCCUGAUGGGGCUGUUUUAACAGGAAAGGAUCUUGCCACGCAAAUCUCGGACAACGAUCUGAACAAGCUGUUCGAGGAGUAUAAGGACGACCAGGAGGACGCGAUUCUGUCGGAGGGCAUCGAAAGGCUGUGCUGUGAUCUAGGUUAUAAGCCGGACGACUUUGCCAUCCUGGUGCUGGCUUGGCGCUUGAAUGCGUCCCAGAUGUGCCAGUUUACCAAGUCCGAGUUCAUUCAGGGUUUGCAGAAGAUGAACGCGGCCAGCAUCGACGACAUCAAAGCUCGGCUGCAGCAGAACGUGGAAAAGCUCAAGGAUGAUUCGGAAGACUUUAAGCUGCUGUACAGAUUCACGUUCUGGUUCGGACUAGAGCAGGGCCAGCGAAUCCUAUCGCUGGAUAUGGCCAUCAGCCUGUGGCGGCUGGUGUUCACCGUUCACACACCGGACAUCUUACCUCGGUGGUUGCACUUUUUAGAGCAGCACCAGAACAUCCGGGGCGUUCCGAGAGACACCUGGAAUAUGUUUCUGAAUUUUGUAGAGACCUGUGAUAUUACACAGUACGAUGACACCGAGGCGUGGCCCAGCCUGUUCGACGAUUUUGUCGAGUACGAACAGGAACGGACCAAGCUGGCCGUCAAGGACCCGGACGGGGCGGUCCCGGAGGAGGACGACAACAACAACGGCUACAAUUCAUAGUAUUUUGUAACGACGCCUUCGUUCAGCAGCAGUGGCUUUUGGGGCGGCGCACGACUACGCGUUUUACUUUUAUUUAUUAUUUUCAGCAACCGCGCGAGAACGCGCUCGACCGGACAGAGUUCAGCGUGUUCUCGGCUUGCUACCAUUUCCGUCGCAAUAUGACUUAAAGAAAUUUGCGAACAUCCUUAAGUCCGGCUUCGGGUGGCCGUACCUCGAGCGGACAAGAAGCAAAUAUUUAACAAACUUUACGCAUGUUAAUCAUUUGUUCAAUGUAACGAAUUUUUAAUUCUUAAGACUAUGAGUACUCUUAAUAUUUGUUUUUUUAUAUACACUCUUAUAUAGAUAUCGAAAUUUAGCGUAAUCCAGUUACGAUCAGAGAUAAAAAAAAGAAUUUGUGGUUUGUUUGUUAAAUGAGAAACGAAAUACAAAACUUUAGUCUGCUCUGCGCGUUUAGCAAAAAAAAAUUCAUAUCAUCUGCAAAUGAUAACGCAAAAAAUAGCGAGGAAAAUUGCGGAAGGCGAUAGUGAAAAUGGAAUUUAUGUACAAGCUUUUCGGCUAAGUAAAAACAAUUUUAUCUUUCGUCGUCGUCGUCGGAACCACAUUAUUACAGCGCGACGCAGCAACAAACACUUAACCGACUAAACAUUGAACUUUUUCACAUUUUAGCUCAAAACGGAAACGAAUAAAAUAAUAAAAGAAAUGUCUUAUUUUGGAACAAGAGAAACAAAAACAAAUGUGUGUGUUAAAUGUAUUUGUUGGAAACAGUCAGUUCUAAAUUGAGGAAAACAGAUAAAAACAGAUGGAUCGAGAGAAAAAAAAACAGUAGGUUAAAUUUAAACCAACUAGUGAAAAACUCUAUUUAAGAUAAAUCUAGAAAA